CUUAGUUCAUCUUACCUGUUUCACGACAGUCUAGUCAGUCACCUCUGUGGCUUGCUAUCCAACAUAGUCAAAACAUUGGAGCUCUUUAGACGCUUUCGGUGUAUAUUUGCCUCUGUGUUUUAAACUUCUUUCGUGUAGCUAGUUGCCCCAUUUAAGUUCAUAUUUACGUUGUUAGACAGGUAGCUAGCUAGCUAAGUUAGCUUAGCACCAGGCUACUCGUUAAUGCUAACUAGCAUCACCAACCAUGAGCUCACUAAGCUACUCCCCUCUUGCUAAAGAAGAGGAUGUCUGCUGGACGGAGAAAGAAGUUCUGGGGCUGAACGUUGUCGUAAAAGAAGAGGAGGAGGAUGUUUCAGUAAAAGGAGAGGAAGAAGCUUUCAGAAUGAAAGAGGAGGAAGAGGUAGAGGAAUCUUUUAGAUGGAAAGAGGAAGAGGGGAUAGAGGCUGUCACAGUGGAAGAAGAGGAGGUAGAAGCUUUCAGAAUGAAAAAGGAGGAAGAGGAGGCCAUAACAUUGAAAGAAGAAGAGGAGGAUGUUAUAGUGAAAGAAGAGGAAGAACCUUUUAGAGUGAAAGAUGAAGAGGGGAUAGAGGCUGUCACAGUGAAAGAAGAGGUAGAAGCUUUCAGAAUGAAAAAUGAGGAAGAGGAGGCCAUAACAUUUAAAGAAGAAAAUGAGGAUAUUAUAGUGAAAGAACCUUUUGGAGAGGAAGAGGAGGCUAUCUUACAUAAAGAGGAGGAGGAAGACAUAUUGGGAGAUGAAGAGGAGGUGGAAGGAGAGGAAGAUGAGACUGAAGAUCUGAUUAACACCAGAGAGAAACCAGACUGUCACUCUGACAGCGGGAAGAGUCCUUCAGAGAAUCCAGAACCAGAGAUUCCCAAACCAGCGACAGGACACAACUGCUCCCAGUGUGGAAAGAGUUUUAAGUGGUUAUCUAAGCUCAAAGAGCAUGAGAGAACACAUGCAGGAAAAAAGCUCUUCCAAUGUUCCCAUUGUGAAAAGAGAUUUAACCAGUCAUCACUUCUGAAAGAGCAUGAUAAAAUACACACAGGAGAGAAGCCUUUCCAAUGUCCCCAGUGUGGAAAGGGUUUUACAUGGUUAAGGCACCUGAAAGAGCAUGAGAGGAUACACACAGGAGAGAAGCCUUUCGAGAGGAUACACACAGGAGAGAAGCCUUUCCAUUGCUCCCAGUGUGGAAAGCGUUAUACUCGAUUAGCACACCUAAAAAUACAUGAGAGAAUUCACUCUGGAGUGAAGGCUUACCUCUGUUCCCAGUGUGGAAAGAAUUUUAGGUGGUUAGAGAACCUGAAGCAGCAUGAAAGGACACAUAGAGGGGAGAAGCCUUACCAUUGCGCUCAGUGUGGAAAGGAUUUUACCACAUUAGGGAACGUAAAAGAGCAUAAGAAGAAACACACAGGAGAAAAACCUUUACAAUGUUCCCAGUGUGGAAAGAGAUUUACACAUUUAGGAAAUCUGAAAAGGCAUGAAGGAAUACACACAGGAGAAAAACUCUACCACUGCUCUCAUUGUGGAAAGCGUUUUACCCAGUUAGGGUAUUUGAAAAAACAUGAGAAAAUACACUCUGAAGAAAAGCCUUACCCCUGUUCCCACUGUGGAAAGAGUUUUCGGUGGUUAGGGGACCUGAAAGAGCAUGAGAGGACGCACACAGGGGAGAAACCUUACCAUUGCUCCCUGUGCGGCAAGGAUUUUACCAAGUUAGGGAACCUAAAAGAGCAUAAGAAGAAACACACAGGAGAAAAGCCUUACCAAUGCUCCAUGUGUGAAAAGACCUUUACCCAGUUAGGGGGCCUGAAAUAUCACGAGGGGACACACACAGAAAAAAAGACCUACCACUGCUCUCAGUGUCAAAAGACAUUUACCCAACUAACAUCCCCGACCAUGAGUUUACUCAAAUACUCUCUUCCUGCUGAAGAAGAGGUCUGCUGGACGGAGAAAGAUGCUCCCGUGAAAGAGGAGGAGGAAGAUGAGGCUGUUACAAUACAAAAACAAGUAGAGGGUGAGGCUGUUACCGUGAAGGAAGUAGUUAAGGGCGAGGCUGUUACGACGAAAGAAGAGGAAGGCGCGUUCAAAGUGAAAGAGGAGGAAGACGAGGAGUUUACUGUCACAGUGAAAGAAGAGGAUUACGAUUUUGGAGUGGAGGAGGAAAAUAAGGAGAUUACUGUCACAUUGGAGGAGGAAGAAGCAGAAGAAGAGAAGGCUGGAGAUCUGAUUAACUCCAGAGAGAAACCAGACUCUCACUCUGACAGUGGGAAGAGUCCUUCAGAGAAUCCAGACCCAGAGAUUCCCAAACCAGCGACAGGACACAACUGCUCCCAGUGUGGAAAGAGUUUUAAGUGGUUAUGUAAGCUCAAAGAGCAUGAGAGAACACACACAGGAGAAAAGCUCUUCCAAUGCACCCAUUGUGAAAAGAGAUUUAACCAGUCAUCACAUCUGAAAGAGCAUGAGAGAAUACACACAGGAGAGAAGCCUUUCCAAUGCUCCCAGUGUGUAACGAAAUUUACACGGUUAAGGCACCUGAAAGAGCAUGAGAGGAUACACACAGGAGAGAAACCUUUCCAAUGCUCCCAGUGUGGAAAGGGUUUUACACGGUUAGGGAACCUGAAAGAACAUGAAAUAAUACACACAGGAGAGAGGCCUUACCAUUGCUCCCAAUGUGGGAAGAGUUUUACCCGAGUAGGGCACCUAAAAAUACAUGAGAGAAUACAUUCUGGAGUGAAGCCUUAUAUCUGUUCCCAGUGUGGAAGGAAUUUUAGGUGGUUAGAGAACCUGAAGCAGCAUGAAAGGACACACACAGGGGAGAAGCCUUACCAUUGCUCUUACUGUGGAAAGGAUUUUACCACAUUUGGGAAUGUAAAAGAGCAUGAGAUGAAACACACAGGAGAAAAACCUUUCCAAUGUUCCAAGUGUGGAAAAAGUUUUACACAUUUAGGAAGCCUGAAUAGGCAUGAAGCAAUACACGCAGGAGAAAAACCCUACCACUGCUCUCAGUGUGGAAAGAGUUUUCCCCUGUUAGGAUAUCUGAAAAAACAUGAGAAAAUACACAACGGAGAGAAGCCUUACCAGUGUCCCCACUGUGGGAAGAGUUUUACCCGGAUAGGGAGCCUUAAAGAGCAUGAGAGGAUACAUACAGGAGAAAAGCCUUUCCUAUGUUGCCAGUGUGGAAUGAGUUUUACCCAUUUAGUGAGCCUGAAAAAUCAUGAAGGAACACACACAGGAGUGGAGAAGACCUACCACUGCUCUCAGUGUGGAAAGAGUUUUACCAACUUAGGGAACCUGAACAAACAUACAUAAGAGAAUACACACAGGAGAAAAGCCUUACCAAUGCUCCCUGUGUGGAAAGACUUUUACCCAGUUAGGGGGCCUGAAAUAUCAUGAGGGGACACACACAGAAAAAAAGACCUACCACUGCUCUCAGUGUCAAAAGACAUUUACCCGAUUAGGGAACCUGAAAAAGCAUGAGAGAAUACACACACUCAGGUGAGGAUAAGACUGUCCACUGCUCCCAGUGUGGAAAGAGUUUAGGUCAGUUAGGGAACCUGAAAGAGCAGGAAAAACACAUACAGCAGAGAAGCCUUACUACUGCUCUAAUUACGGAAAGACAUUUUCCCGGUCUGAGGACCUGAAAUCACAUGACAGAAUAGAGGCUGUGUUCUGAAAUGUGUUUUGUUCAUAUGAAAUCAUAUUGUGCAGCUUUCCCAGGACGGCCGUGCACCAGAAAUACCUGUAGAGACGCAUGAGAUUGAACUUCACGUCACUUUUUACUUUGCCCCGUUAACACUAUAAACGUUUCCCACUACUGAAACGGGGAAUUAUUAUUAUUAUUAUUAUAUUACUGUGGGAAUUGUGAUUGAAUCAACCUCAUAUCAGCCCAUUCUGACAACACACCAGGAGUUCUGUAUUGGUGUAGUGUUCCAUUCUGACAACACACCAGGAGUUCUGUAUUGGUGUAGUGUUCCAUUCUGACAACACACCAGGAGUUCUGUAUUGGUGUAGUGUUCCAUUCUGACAACACAUCAAAAAAACAAAAUGAACUAUUCAAGACUGUCUGUGAUUUUAUUGUUUAGGUGCAUCGGAGGAUGAUUCUAAUUGCACUGAAAAGUCAGGUGGGGCAGUGAGUGGAUGUGCUUGUUUUGAAAUCAAACCGUCGCGUGUACACAGUUGUUUAUUUUCUUUGCUAGUUAUUAGCCCAGUUGUAGCUCAUUUCUGGUCAGCAAUGGGGAGUGAUGGCUUCCUACGGGUACAUACAAAGGAGGAGAAGACAAAACCACUGCUCUCAUUGUGGAAAGACAUUUUCCCAGUUAGAGGACCUGAAAUCACAUGAGAGAAUAGAGAGGCUGUGUUCUGACUUGUUUUUUAAUUUAAAUUUUAAUAAACUUGCAAAAAUG